CAACCACCAUCCCAUGGUGCCAACAAAAGCAUGGAUUCUCAUCCUCUGGCUUCAGGAUGCUGACAAAGGACAGUAUUUCUAAAUAUGAAUGUGCUGCGCGUCAUGGCUGAGCACACCCGACGAGGAGGUAUAUAAGGACCAAACGGGUCAGGAUGCCUACCACUGAGCACCAGCAUCAAGCACAGCAUCGUCACCGAGAAUAUAAUCAUAACGUCUAUCAUCACCAAUUAGGCUCUCAAUCCACCAGGAACCAUGUCUUCCUCCAACGACUACCCCAAGCCCGUCUCCUUCACCAAGGAGUGGCACUCUAAGCCCUACCCCUUCAUCUCGCCCUCGCGCCCCGAGCUCUCGGCGGCGGGCAAGAACGUGGUGAUCACGGGCGGGGGCAGCGGCAUCGGCAACGCCAUCGCCGUGGCUUUCGCUCAGGCCAACGCCAAGUCCGUCUCCAUCCUCGGCCGCCGCCGGGAGACCCUCAAAGCAGGAGCUGAGAAGAUCACCACCGCGGCCACGGACGCGCAAACCUCGACCCAGGUCCUUUGUGAGACAGCUGAUCUCCGCCAGCGCAGUGCUGUCGACCAGGCCCUUGCAUCGAUUGUUUCCCAGGUCGGGAAGGUCGACGUCUUCGUCUCGAAUGCAGGGUCCUUACCCACCCCGGGGUUGAUCCGGGAGUACGACGUGGAGGACUACCUGGGGAGUGUGGUCGAAAAUCUCCAAAGCGCGCUCAAUGCCGUUCAGGGAUUUCUGGCCGUUGCGGGGCCUGGCGCUGUGCUGCUGAAUACUUCCUCGUGCCUGGCGAAUGUGGCCCCGAUGCCGGGCGUGAGUGGAUAUGCGGUGUCGAAGGCUGCAGUGCUGAAGAUGAUGGAGUACGUCGCCGCAGAGAACCCUCAUGUGCGCGUGGUGAGUGCGCAGCCUGGCUGGGUGGCGACGGAGGUCAAUGGCUAUCAGGCCGAGGCGCCGGAUCAAGCUGAGUUGCCGGGUCAGUUUUAUGUCUGGCUGGCUUCUGCAGAGGCCGAGUUUCUCAAGGGGAAGUUUGUGUGGGCGAACUGGGAUGCGGAGGAGCUAAUGCAACGAGCCGAGGAGAUUCGAGGAUCCAAGCUCCUGAAUUGGAUUGUCGAGGGUGUGCCCAUGUAGCAGGGAUGGAAAUGGAUGAGUUUAUCUUGUCGCUAUUUGAUACCGGGGAGUGCCAACCUUCCCGACCAGGACUAAACUCUUGUUUGGCUUGCUUUUGUUUCUCAUGAUUUUCCUGUGCAUCAUUCUUGUUGUUGCAAUGCCGUUACUAGUUCGAGC